UCUCUGGUACUGCAAAUCCACAGCCUGGACUCAGAGCUCAAGUCUGAACUCUACCUCCAGACAGAAUGAAGUUCAUCUCGACAUCUCUGCUUCUCAUGCUGCUGGUCAGCAGCCUCUCUCCAGUCCAAGGUGUUCUGGAGGUCUAUUACACAAACUUGAGGUGUAGAUGUGCCCAAGAGAGCUCAGUCUUUAUCCCUAGCCGCUUCAUUGAUCGAAUUCAAAUCUUGCCCCGUGGGAAUGGUUGUCCAAGAAAAGAAAUCAUAGUCUGGAAGAAGAACAAGUCAAUUGUGUGUGUGGACCCUCAAGCUGAAUGGAUACAAAGAAUAAUGGAAAUAUUGAGAAAAAGAAGUUCUUCAACUCUACCAGUUCCAGUGUUUAAGAGAAAGAUUCCCUGAUGCCAAUAUUUCCACUAAGAACACCUGCAUUCUUCCCUUAUCCCUGCUCUGGAUUUUAGUUUUGUGCUUAGUUAAAUCUUUUCCAGGAAAAAGAACUUCCCCAUACAAAUAAGCAUGAGACUAUAUGUAAAAAUAACCUUGCAGAAGCUGAUGGGGCAAACUCAAGCUUCUUCACUCACAGCACCCUAUAUACACUUGGAGAUUGCAUUCUUAUUCAUUAGGGAGGAAAGUUUCGUUGAAAAUAGUUAUUCAGUUAUAAGUAAUACAGGAUUAUUUUGAUUAUAUACUUGUUGUUUAAUGUUUAAACUUUCUUAGAAAACAAUGGAAUGAGAAUUUAAGCCUCGAAUUUGAACAUGUGGCUUGAAUUAAGAAGAAAAUUAUGGCAUAUAUUAAAAGCAGGCUUCCAUGAAAGACUCAAAAAGCUGCCUGGGAGGCGGAUGGAACUUGAGCCUGUCAAGAGGCAAAGGAAUCCACGUAGUAGAUAUCCUCUGCCUAAAAACUCACUAUGGAGGAGAAUUAAGUCCUACUUUUAAAGAGUUUCUUUAUAAAAUUUACUGUCUAAGAUUAAUAGCAUUCAAAGAUCCCCAGACUUCAUCGAAUACUCAGGAAAAGCAUUUAAAGGGUGAUGUACACAUGUAUUCUUUCACACAUUUGCCUUGACAAACUUCUUUCACUCACAUCUCUUUCACUGACUUUUUUUUGUGGGGGGUGGGGGGGGGGCGGACUCUGGUGUCAAAUUCUUUAAUGAUUCCUAUAAAUCUAAUGACAUUCAAUAAAGUUGAGCAAACAUUUUACUUAA